CCCUCCCCGGCCGGCCCCCUGCAACCGCCCGUCCCCGCCGGCGCCUGGCCCGCUCCCGGCGAGGCGGCGGUGGCGGCCGGGCAGGGUGCCUCAGCGCGGCGCCGCCAUGGCGCUGGAGGUGGAGGCGUCCGGGGCUCCCCUGAGCUCUUUCCUGAAAGACUUCCCGUCUCCGCUGGGCCCGGGGGAGCCGCUGCCGUGGAGCUCGGCGGGGAGCGGCGCCCUCAGCAAGGCCGAGGUGCCGGGCGCGCUGGCCGAGCGGGCGAGGAGCCUCCUGGGCGGCAGAGGUGUUUCACCACUUCUUGCAGCAUCAUUGAUCCAUUCUGCAGUUAAUGAAGUUCUCCAAACAGACUUGACUGAAUUUAAGCAGCAAAAUGUGGAAACAGAGGGAGAAGGAGAUGAGGAAAGGUUCACCUUGCUGGAUGGAGAGUCCUUGCAGCGCUGCUUCUUUAACAAGCUCCGGGAUGUUUGCUGUGAGUGGCAGAAGCAGUUGCCACCGCUGAGACCACUGAAGCGGUUCCUGCUUGUUUCCAUCCAUGCAAUCCGUAACACCCGGCGGAAAAUGGAGGACCGCCACGUUCUGCUCCCAGAGUUCAACCAGCUCUUCGGUUUAUCAGAUGACACUGAUCGUGCUUUCUUUGCGGUAUUUGAUGGCCAUGGUGGAGUGGAUGCUGCCAAUUAUUCAGCAACCCAUUUACAUGUAAAUGUUGGACUACACGAAGAGAUUGUUAAGAAUCCAGCUGAGGCCUUGAAAUGCUCUUUCCAGAAGACAGAUGAAAUGUUUCUUUUCAAAGCCAAGAGGGAGAAGCUGCGGAGUGGUACAACAGGUGUAUCUGCAUUGAUUGUAGGGAACAAGCUACACAUAGCAUGGCUAGGGGACUCGCAGGUAAUGCUUGUGCAGCAAGGAAAAGCUGUGACGUUAAUGGAACCUCACAAACCAGAAAGAGAAGAUGAGAGAGCACGUAUUGAGACUCUGGGUGGUUGUGUGACCUAUAUGGACUGCUGGCGGGUUAAUGGUACCUUGGCUGUUUCCAGAGCAAUUGGUGACAUAUGUCAGAAACCCUACAUCUCAGGUGAUGCAGAUGGAGACUCAUUUGAGCUGACUGGUUCUGAAGAUUACUUGCUCCUAGCCUGCGAUGGAUUCUUUGAUGCUGUCAAGCCAUACGAGGUUGUAGACUUGGUCCUAGAUCAUUUAAUGCAAACCAAAGGAGUGGGUCUCAAAGCAGCAGAAAGACUGGUGGCUGCUGCAAAGGAAAAUGGAUCCAGUGAUAACAUCACUGUUCUGGUGGUCUUCUUGAGGGAUCCUCAGGACAUCUUGGCAGACUGUCUCAAAGACCCCAAGAGCCUAGGGGCUGGUGAUGAUGCUCAGAGCUCACCCUUUAACUUCCUCAGCUGUGAGGCAGCAGCCACACAGUGACAAAAUCUGCUUAAUCAGAACAUUCAAAUAAGUUCACAUAAGGAACUGCUUUCCACUGAAGAAGCCUCUAAUAAAAUAAGCUAAACAUGUCAGGAGAGAAAUGACAAAUGGACAAACAUUUAACAAAAAGGCAAGACUCCUUUUACUGAGUUCCCAUUUGUCUUUUCCUUCCUUUCUCCUCCCUUCAAAAAACACUGAGCAGAUGUGGAGAUUUGUACAUCUAUUUCGUCUCUGGGAGCAGACUUUUAAAACGUGUCCCAGGGCUGCUGGUCAUGUCCCUCUGCCCUGGAAGUGGUAAGAAACCAUAAUAUGUAUAAGCUAAUGGGUGAGAACACCCGUUUGUGAAUUCUGAGUGAAAAUUGAAAACUAGUGCUUAAAAAGAAUGCUGUAUGUUGUAUCUAAUUGUGGUGUUAGUUUGGAGAUUGGGAGGACAGACAGAAAAGCUUGUUACUGUGCGUGUUCUGCAGGAACAGGCUUGGUGUGCGAGACUGGGUGACACCAUUAUACUGUGCAAGUUGCUUUUGUUUUGUACCAAAGACGAAAUGAGAAUGAUGUGGCCUCUUCAUUCAAACAGAGAAAUCUGAUUUUGUUUGUAUGGAGAGGAGAAAAUAAAACUGACUGAAUGCUCCAGAAAAAGAGCAAGAAAGCUAACUAGAAAUAUCCCAGGCAAAAUGGUGCAAAUCAGCUGCUUUCUGGGAUGCUCUGAUUUAUAAACUGGAAUCUAAUAUUUAACUGCACUGGAUUAUUUUCCCCUAAAAAACGUGCUUUAGUGGCUAUUUGGCAACCUGAAGAGAAAGGACCCUUAUUGUUGUAUUUGAGAGAGCUCUUUACAGUAUGUGUGCUCUAGCAGUUAAAUAUGCUGUUUCUGCCACUUUUUUGUGUACUAUAACAAAUGAGAAUUUUAUUUUUAUUCUAAGUGUUUGUUUAUUUACUGAACUUUACAGUUGGAAGAAUUUUUUGCAGUGUUACUUUAUUUUGUUGUGGUUUUUAUUUAAAUUAGAAUUUUUAAGUGGCUGUGUCUUUAUUACCUGCGUUUAAAAACUGACUACCCUCAAGUGCCUUAAAUAUUUCACCCAAGGAUUGCUGGCUUUCUAUCAUAUUCUGGUGAGCCAGUUUAUAGUGUUUCUAAAAUGUGACUUUUUUAUUUCAAUACUAAUGUUUAAUGCACUUAAAUGUUUCAUUUUUGUGAAUUAUUUUAGUGGGAACUAGGUUUUAAGAAACAACUUUCAUUGUUGCCAAAUCUUGCGGCUUGUCAUAAAAGCUUCACAAUACUUACUGUGACUUACCCCCUACUCCAUGCAAAAAGCUGUAGUUAAUCAUAAAGCAACAGUCUGAGUCAUCAUGACUUUCAUUUAAAAACAAAUAUGCUUUUGACCUUCAUAAAAAAAAAAUGUAAUAACACAAACUAGAAACAGUUUAGUAACAGUUUCUGAUUAAUAGAUGGUUAAUUUGGCCAUAUUCUGUGAACUUUUUUGGUCUAAAUAACUCUCUAAGGAGAUAUGAAGCUAAGGGGAGGAUGAAAGAAUCCUAAUGAAUGUGUAUGUUGUUGUGCAACUGUUAUUUCCAUUACAUGCUAGAGCCUCUGGUUGUGUUUUGUCUUGCCUUACUAGCCUGGCUAGCAGGACUCAACAAGAUCUGAAGGCUCAACAGUAAAUGUGUUAGUAAUUUCUGUAUCUAAACAAAAAGUGCUUUACAUCUGGCAGCAAGAUUGUGUGCCUGAUUUAGAAGCACAUGGCAUUGCAAUAUGUCAGUGCUGUUGAUUAAAAUGUGUUGAAAAUUAAUGUUGCUUAGGAAGGAAAUUUAGGUAGAAGAGUUGAGAUGGCUAAAAGGAAGAACAGAGCAGCAUUUUUAUGUCCACAGUGUCUCUGAAUCAUUAGCUAGUGUGGGGCAGUGCAGCUACCCGAAUGACUUGAGUGUUUUGCUGGAUUACUAUGAACGAUCGUAUGGUUUAACAUAAAACUCCUCAUGAAAUACCACCUCAUUGCAUAGCAACUCAGUGACUUCCUUGUUCUGCUAUGCAACGACAGGGAGCUCUGAGAAGGUUGCAAGCACUUUUCCAUGCUACAUUUGCUGUCCUAAAAUAUGUGGGGAAUGCUUUCUGUGAUGGCAGCCUGCUGUGGGGUGGGUAUCAAUUUUUGUAGUGAACCUACUUCAGUUAAGGAAGCCUUUAGACUUGCAUAGUAAUCCCUUUGAAUUUACCAUCUCCUAUCUCUUUGAUUUCUAACCCAGAUACUCAGUGUCAUGCUAAAUUCUGAUGACCACUAGUGCCUCUUGGUGUCUUGGAAAUAGUUCUCAUUAUUAAUAAAGUAAGAAUCACACAGAAUUGUUUGAUUUCACUGCUGAGUCAGGGCAAGCUAUUGUAUGCAUGAAGGGAGAUGUGAAAAGUUGGUAAAUUCAUAGUAUGGCUUGGUUUCUGAAAUUUGCCAAAUUUCCUGAAACAUGGCGGGAACUGAGCAAGCCAAGUUCUUCAUAAUGAUCUUUUUAUUUCAACCUUUUUGGGGCAGAUUUGCAUUACAGAAGAAACAAAGUCUUAAGUCCUUCAGUGGAUUCUUAGAGUUAUGUGAGAAUAUCCUUUUUUGUUUCAAAUUUGAUAGUUGGUGUGUUGUUUUUUUUAUGGGAGCUGAGUGAAAUGGGCCUUUAGAAAGCUGUCUGUGGUCAUCAAAAGAUUUAAUUCUCAAGCUAUGCUCUUAGGAAGAAAUUGUGUGUUCUGAGAAGCUGUUCCCCUAUAUAGAUGUUUUCAUUCUGAAUGACCUAUUGCCUCAUUUCUUUGAGAUGUAAGUGGAUAGAAAUAGUCUUUGGGAACUCAUACAGAUUUCAGUAGGGAUUAAAAAUACUUCCUUUCUUAUCAGAGACUUCUUGCUAGCUUUAAAAAGUCUGGUCACAUCUGUAGGAGUUGUAACUGGAUGAAAAACGGCAGUUUGUAUCCUGUCAGUGGAAUAAAUAAGUUUUAAUGUGUCAUCUACAAUAAAAUUCCAAACACUAUUUGGGGGGGGAAAUUGGUCUUGGCAAUGUCUUGACUGUUCUUGGCAGCCUGAUCAAAACCUACGGAAACUUUUUUUUUUCAAACUGAAGCCCCAAGAUUUCAAUUUUAUGCUAAAUCAGUAAUGAAAGUAUGACGCAGGAUGCAAGCAUGGAUUUGAAAGUGCACUUUUAAAUUCUGUUGCAAGUGCUUAUCAGGAUGGUCUCACCUUGGGAUGGCAAGGCAACCUCCAGUUUUUGUUUCACUUGUGACUUUGAGAUCACUUUUAGAAGCCACCAGUUGUAAUGCAUAAUGCUGUUACAAGAACUGUCACUGGUAUGGGUGGUGAGGAGAGAGGGGAAGGAGCUCUAGCAGAAGGUAUGAAGUUGAACUAAAUAUUCCAAAAUAUGAAAUAGUGCUAUGUUUUGAAUUUACAGUCCUAAUCUGCUACAUCAGCUUUUCUUAUUUUUCCCCUUAAAACUUCUUGGAUUUCUAGUGUUGGCUGUUCUGUUUUCCUUCCCUCUCUUGGUUAAAAAUAAGACAUGAUUUUGGCGAGAGAAUGCUCCCACCUGUCUGGGACUUCCCAAUGUCAUCUACAAUGUACUAACACUUGUCCACCAAUGUCAGAUUGACUAAUGACAAAUUGAAUGAUUUGCUUGUUUCCUUGUUGUCUUUCUGAAGAGCCUCCAACAAAACCAAUUCUUGAGUCUAGCCAAAAUUUCUGAAGCUGUAGUAAUUAGCUGAAGGAUUCCAUACAAAUGUGCAAUGAAAAAUGAAAGUAUUUUCAUAUUUUAUUAGACUCCAAAUGAAUGGUGCUGCUGCAUUUUAGCACCCAGCUCCUUAAAGCAUCCUGCAUAUUUAAAACAGAGCAUGCUUAAUUUCUUGUAUUGUGCUUGAUUAAAAACUAGCUUUAGUCAUUCUGCUUAGCGGGUAUCCAGCAUCUCCUUUGCUUGUGGGUAAUUCAUACUUCUACCUUUCUUUCCCUUCCCUACCUCACCCUCUCCUACAAAGAAGCAUACCUAAGACAGUCUUCUGGGUCUGACAUAGACAGCAUUAUGAUUUUACAUAUUACAUUUGUUGGGGGGUUGAUUUGGGUUUGGGUUUUGUGGGGUUUUUUUGGGGUUUUUUUGAGAAUAGAGAGGAUAGAAAUGCAGGAAAAUCUUCAGAACAGAGGGAGAUUAAGUAAAAUCCACCCUCCGAGUGAUGGAGGAGUGAAAGAGAGAGACAGGAAUGCAUUUAAGUAUUAUUAAUGCCUAUUUUAAAAAGGAAGUGGGCUGGAAAAUAGAGCUACAAAUGUCAGUUCUUUAGAGUGAAAUACCAGUGCCUGAAAGAAUUAGAAACACACCCAUUAAAAAGGCAAAGCUCAGAUGUGGUAACUCUGUCUUCAAACAGCCCAGAAAGGAAUCACAGUAAAAGCAUCCAAGGUGACUUACUGUGACCCCUCAACACUGUCUUGGAAGCUAAUAGUACUAAAUGGAUUUUUCUAAACAUCCUUAUGUGUGAGGAGGAGCUAAGAGGGAGCAUCCAGUAUAUGUAGUUGCUGGUCACUGCACAACUGCUGCCAUGAGUAAGUGCCAUGAAGUGUGUUAAUGAAUCGAUACGGCUGGUGAGCUCUCAUAAGAUGAGUAAUUGGGCACAGAGUGGUUACAGCAGAGUUGGCAGUUGAAUAGUGUUAAUCACAGUGAUGACUUUAAUAGCAUUUAAUAGACACUUAUCUGAAUUCAAAGUCAGAUGAGAUACUGCUCAUUUUAAAAGCAUUUCCAGUGCUAUUAGCUUCCUGUCAUGAAAAGGCACUAAAAUUUUCAUUUUUUUUGUUGGAUGUUGGGAAAAGUGCUUCUCUUGCUUUCUGAAUUCUGGAGAUAAGUUGGCUGUCUGCACUGGAAAACCCAGUUUCAGCUGAUAGCUUAAAGCAGUUGUUUGAGGUUAAAACUUCCCUCCCAGGCAAUCCUUUAGAAAAUAACAAAAAGGUGCUUCCAAAACAAGUGGCUGAGGAACAUAGGUGUUUCUGAAUGGCAUUGACAAAAGGUAACCAGCAAAUACCCUCAAUCUGUAAAGAACAUAGGCAGUUAGUUGAACUGCUUAAAGUGUAAAUUAAGAUUGCAGCUCUACUGUUUGUGUAAGUGAGACCCUGUUGGUUAAAUUACUAGUGUUCUUGUGGAUGCAGGUACUUAAUGCACAGCACCAGACAUGGUCUAUUUCUGUUCUUACAGUACUGAAGUAUCAAGCAAAUGCUUUAGAGAGACAGUGGGGGGAUGUUAGCCACAACAGAGCAGAUUGCAGAUGAUUCAUAUACAAUUUAGCUCUAGUUAAGCCUGAAUUAAAUUUCUCUGCUUAGUUCUAUUACUGUCCCUUUUACAAUUGGGCCUGUGCCACCACACAAAAUCCUAAUAAUAAGUAAUGGUCCUUUGCCUCUUUUUGAGGAGCAAACAACUCCGGAUAGACAAAAUGUCAUUUAGGAAGGGUUGGAGAGGGAGAAAAAUGAGCUUUCAAAUGAGUGCAACAUUUCCCAAUCUAUGCUAAGUUAUGUAUUCUCUCUAAACACGUGUUUAUAUCAGGUCUGAUUGCAUUUGAGCAGUUGUGCUGGAAAGCAGUGGGUUUCCUGCCAAGCUAGGCAUAACCUUUAAAACUGACAGCACCAGACCCAAGAGAUUAGUCCUCCUCGCUUUCCUAAGUCAAGCCACUAAAACAGCUAGCGCUGGUAAGUAUUUGUUUUUCAGCGUUGACAGCUCUAAGAGCUAAGCCAGCCACUUUCUGCAUAUGUUUUGGUUAGUUUUAAUGUAUUUGUUGGAUUUCACUGUAUCUAAAGUUAUUUCUGUUGAUAUCGGUCAUGUCAGCUGAAAAGCAGCCAAAUGGAGACGUGAGGGAGUGACUGGACCUGAACGUGUCUGUCGUAGACACUUCUUAAAAUACUACCUUAAAAUGAACUGGUAGGUUCUUGUGAUAACCUUAUUUCCAAAUAGAGCAGGAAACCAAAAUCUUGCAGAGAAUCACUUAAACCUUUAGUUUGGUGUAAGCCAUCAGAGCCUGGACACUCACAAGCCUUUCCCACAAAUUGUUGAGUGUUGCCAGUUUAAUGGAUUUUCCAAGCCCUGCAUGCUGCUGCUGGUGCACACAGAAAUAAACAAAAGACAGCUGUGUUGGCAGCAGAGAAAAUUUAGCAAGGUGCUGCUUUUGUCAACCAGAAGAGGACAAAAUCGAUAGGAAAAGAAUGUUUUCAAGCUUCUUGGAAUGCAAACAAUGGAAUAAAAAAAAAAAAAAAAGCAACCUAGAAGAGUUGGCAGCACACUGUCAGCUGAAAACCACUGUUUAAAGCAAAUGAAUUUGGCUGCUUUGUAAUGUCUGCUUUAUUUUGUUAACAAACUCCUCUCAGUCAGGGUUUCAUGUCUUGUUGUUGAUAUGUGCUUUUUAGUCUGAAGAGAGAAGAUAUAUUUAACUUUCUAAGGAGCUGAAUGUGUCUGGGCUUUGUGACUAGUUAGAUUAUGAUUAUUGAAUUUUCUCUCAAUUAUUAAGCCUGAUUACUCAUUUGCAGGAGAUAUUAAUAGAGCGAGUACUGAAAUUAUUAAUGAUGAAAUGGUUCUGGAUUUCCAUGCACAAGAACUUUAUCAGUCUGUCCUGAUCUACCAGAUCAAUUCUUGAAGUUUAUUAUCAUUUGCGCGGCAAUACUUGAGGCGUAUGGAAGGUUUGUCUCUUUGACAAAUGGAGCAGGAAGGUGUGACCAUCCCUCCCUGCAGGAGGUAUUUAUCCUUUUAUCUAAGGGGUGAUGGUUCCUUUUUGGAUGUCUAAGGAUAAAGAGGUAAUAGCUAGAAUACUAGAGAGAAUAUGGGGACCUUCUCAGGGCAAUUAAAUACUUCCUCUUUUUCAUGAUGCCCUUUCUAACUUAGUUAAAAGGCAUUCUGCUUAAUACUGGAUGAUUAAUGCUGCUUUCUUUUAUUUUAUUUUUUUUCCUUUCAAUGUGUUUAAUAAUAAGAUGUUUGUUUGGAGAGUUAAAACCUUAUACUGGAAAAAAAAAAAAAAAGGCCAGUAUAGUUUUAGCUUUUAGUACUUUUAACUUAACUACUUUGGCUACUUUUAACUUCCUCUUUUAAAAGUCAGUCCUGCUCUGUCUCCUCCUUAUUCUCUUCCCAAUUUUCUUUUAUCUCCUUUUACACUGUCAGCCCCCCUCCCCAAAAUGCUGCUUCUUAGACUGUAAACUCCACCGGCUAUUAAGUCAGUUUAGUUGCCACUUCAUAAUUUUCAUUUCAUCUGUGUUCAUAGUGAAUGUGGUCCGAUCUUUGGAGGCUGCAACACUGAGUGUAGGAAGUACCAUGUCAGCUAGGAAGAUAAGAGACUAGAACAACUGUUACGUCUUUGUCAUUGACCAGUAUUGGAUGUGUAAGAAGAAAAUGCUGUUAUUUGCAUAUUAUUCCAUGGGAAUACUUAAGCUUAUUUCAGGUAAUAGUAGCUCUCAUCCUGAAUACAGGACUUCAGAAAUAUUCUUGUCUCUGUAUUUCCUUGUUCCUGCAGAUUGUGUUUUCAAACAUUUGCACUGAGUAGGGAAAAAAAGCCUUCUAACUUUCUUCACCUCUUCAGUUCUCUUUCUUUCUUGCCCUACUUGGUGGAACAGACAGGUUGGUAACUGCAGCAUACCAUGUGGCUAAUCAACCUCUCAGUCAGUGUAAUUCUUCAGUGUCUGCUCUGUACGAUAACUUCAAUCCUGUGCUUAUUUAGUGGUAAGUUAGGCUUCUGUAACUACUUCUCUGACAUAAAAGUAUGUGUUCUUAUCAGUAUUAAAAUAGUACAAGAACAGAACUGUUGCUUUAGGCACAUUUCUUGCCACUAUGUUGGCUAAUGAACCUUGAAUGAAAGUAAGAGGGCCAGUGACUUUGAAAUAGAAGCUGUUAGCCAAGUGUUGUAGAAUCGUAGUCCUUAUUUAUUUUGUAUGCUAAUCUGCACUUGUGACCCUGAGCAGAAAAGCUGCAGUACAGCAGGUUUUAUAAACUGUGGCUUAACCAGUUAUCUAGUAUCUUAAAACUCUUACUUAAGCUGACUGGUUUUGUGCACAGGUCAGAAACCUGUUGUCAUCGAUCAUUAAAUGCUGUGCAUAUUGUACAUUCAUUUACAUGGAUUGUUCUAACAGUGCUUGUGUGUAUUAUGCUACAUUACCAUAUUUUUUAUAUAUAUAUGUAUGUAUUGCAUGAGGUUUAAUUGUUGGGGUUUUUUGUAUUGUCACUUUUGUAUUCACACAGUGCCUCAUGUAUCUAUUUGCAUAUUGCAAGAGGUUGUUUCAAAGCAGUGAUUGGAACAGGUGGGGAGAAAAAACUCUCCACUGUAGGAUCUGGUGUUUCUGAAGUAUUAAUAAAGUAUAGUGACUCGAA